CAUGAUCGUGGACCCCAAGAGCAUGAAGCCCGACGACGCGACGUGGGUGCUCACGUCGUCUUUCGUCAUCUUCACGAUGCAGACAGGCUUUGGUCUGCUCGAGUCCGGUUGCGUGUCCAAGAAGAACGAGGUGAACAUCCUGAUGAAGAACGCCGUGGACGUGGUCCUUGGCGGCUUGACCUACUGGAGCGUCGGCUACGGUCUGCAGAACGGCAGAGGCCCCGGCACCAACCCGUUCUGUGGCGUUGGCUCCUUCUUCCUGGACGCCGGCUCCGAGGUGAUGGGCGAGGAGUUCGCCAUGUUCAUCUUCCAGCUGUCGUUCGCCACCACGGCCACCACCAUCGUGUCGGGUGCCAUGGCCGAGCGCACAAAUUUCCACGCGUACUGCCUCUUCUCGGCGCUCAGCACGCUCAUGUACUGCAUACCCGCCGGAUGGGUAUGGAGCAGGCACGGCUUCCUCAACGGCAUCGGUGUCAUUGAUUUCGCCGGCUCGGCCUGCGUGCACUUGCUCGGCGGCACGUCAGGACUGAUCUCGGCCUUGAUGCUCGGCCCUAGACUCAGUUGGGACCGGCACAGCAGGCCGCGCAUGGGCAACCCUACGAACGCCAUGAUCGGCACAUUCACACUGUGGUGGGGCUCACUUGUCUUCAAUAGCGGCAGCACGUUCGGCAUAUCAGACGAGAAAUGGCACUUUGCCGCCAGGUCAGCGGUCUCCACGAUCAAUUCGUCUAUCGGCGGUGGCCUCGUUGGCACUAUAGCAACCUAUCUGGUUCACAAGAAUUUUGACAUUGAAGACAUCAUCACUUCCAUUCUUGGCUCACUAGUGUCGGUAACAGCCGGUUCGGCCUUCUAUCGGUCCUGGGAAGCGUUGCUGGUCGGCGCUGUGGGCGGGCUGUGCACGACUCCGGUGCCGUCCUUGUUGCGGCGCUGGCUGAGCGUCGACGACCCCGUAAAUGCUGCGGCCAUUCAUGGCGUGGGUGGCCUCUGGGGCAUGCUGGCCGUCGGCCUGUUUCUGGACACAACCCGGUACCAGGGGCUACGUCACCACCGCCUCGGUCUCUUCAAAGGCGGCGGGGGAAGUCUUCUCGGCAUCCAGUUGGCUGCCUGCCUCACCAUCAUCGCCUGGAGUGCGAGCGUCACCUUCCUUGUGCUUAAGUUCAUCAACAAAGUGACGCCUUUACGGAUGCGGCCCUGUGACGAGCUGCUAGGAGCGGAUUUUGUGGAACACUGCAUCGAUCACCGGGAGCCCGACCAGUCGUUCCCGGCGACCCAUCUUUGCCGAGACACGAGCGCUGAGACCGAGCCUCCAGAUGCCAGCCUGCUCCGUGCCGAAGACGAGGGCGAGGCCUACCAAAAGGAGGACAUCCCCGUCGAGGGCAAAGAUAUGGAACGCGCUUCCAACGCGGAAGAUGAGUCUCCGGUGGGUUGCGCCUCGCCUGACUUCCAGCGAGACGCAGCAACCCCUUUCUGGGAGGCCAUGAGCGCCGAGUGCCACGAUGGCCUGGCCAACAAGGACUCACUGAACCAGCAGGAGAUGACCAUCAGGCUUGUGGCCAACUACAGAAGCAACUGCACCAUCGCCUAGCACGCCGCCAUACCGGCUCGCUCGGCCGCUAUACCGUCUACCGACGUCUUAAAGGAGCAGCAAGGGCUUACGUGAAAAACUGGCGUGUUUUUUUUUCCUUUACAUUCAUUCUAAACGGAGUACACGUCCUAGACUGGGUUCUUCCACUGCACUGUGGCGCAUAUUCGAGUCGUUAAUGUUCUCUGCGUUUUCGUGUACAUGACAGGCCUGGAUGAGGCAGAUCUCCACUCGUGAUAAUCUUUACUAUACGUAUGUUUCGCAAUGUCCUCUCAUUAUCGUGGACAAGGCUCUGAUUACGUUUGUUUUGUAACUUUGUAUUAAUAACAGGUUGCUCCCCUGCGCUUCCUCUGUGGUUUUAUAUCUCAGAAUGCGCGCUCGGUGUCAGAAUAUUUACGGUUUUUAUAAUAUACCUCGUUUUCCUCUUCAAGCAGCACAAUGAUCGCCGCAGUACAAGGCGCCGUAUAACACUUCCGUCCUUGUGGUGUCGUUCCCCCAAUGUAGAUGUAUGAUGAGACCAAGAAGCAAAGUAUUGUUUAUUGUGAGAAUUGAGAAAACUUGAAACGUCGCUACUUGCGAAAGUUGCUGAUACUGCCGUAAUGACUAAAUACCAAAAUAAAAUGACCAGCAUUGCCUACCCUGAAAGGAUUGUGUUCGACUGAUACUUUCAUUUUUCCGUAAAGGCUGGCCCUAUAUUGAAUUAAAAAAGUGAAUAAAAAAUGCAAGUUUUUGUGAGAACGAUGCUUGUUCUCAAACAGCGCAUGAGUUCAUGUUACCGACAAUAACUCCACAAGUCUGUACCUUCACUGUCUGAUCAAUGUACAAUCGUCAACUAUAUGAAAGGGAAAAGCGAUAUUUUUUAACGCCAUAUCUCCUGAUGAGUGGAUUUAAGUCUAGGAACUUGAUAUGUACUAAUUAGUUUUCCUGUUGAACAUUUAGUCUCAUUGACCACUUUUAUGAAGGGCAUGUGUGUUAAACCCCUAUGGGCGUUUGAAAAUAACUUGGUGUUCCUUUUCAUAUUGAUGUCGACUGCACAUUAACGAAGCUCCACUUAAACACCCAUCAGCACCUCUUGUAGGUAUAUUGUAGGACCAAGGAGUCUCGCGGUGAUCUGCAGUUACU